CUCUGAUAUUAUUGCUAGCAUAUUACAUGUUCUUAUAUCAAAUGUUCUUAUCAACAAAGGUCACGCAUAACAGUAAUGCCAAAAUGGCGACCUUUGUUGUGAUUUGGUGCUUUCUAACAAUUUUGGUACAUAUUAUACAAUGCCAAGUGUCCUUAUUCCAAAACCUGGACGCACAUGAAGAACGAAUAUCCAUACUGGAAUCUUCCAUUGUAAAUGCAACUUCGUGCUGUAGCGCUCUCAAAAAGGAAAAUGAAUUUCUAAAGCUUCAACACCAGCAAUUAAUGUCAAUGGUGCAAAACCUAUCAAUACAAGUGUCAGCACUACAGCAGAAUGCAGUUGCCAUGUCAACUGUAUCCACAACAGUAACCACGGCAACACAAACUCCUCCUACUCCUUCAUCAGCGAUAUCUUCAACAACUGCCAUUCGCACACCACCAGCACCACCCACGCAACGUGAUUGUGCUGAUUUGGCUGCUAAAGGAGAGACAUCUAGCGGUGUGUACGAAAUAGAGCUAGGAGGAAGUGCAAAACAAGUGUACUGUGAUUUAUACCAUGAUGGAGGCCGCUGGACGGUCAUACAACGACGUCAGGACGGAUCAGUCAAUUUUAAUCGAAACUGGACAGAUUAUAGGGAGGGAUUCGGAAAUCUCACUUCCGAAUUCUGGCUCGGAAACGAGGCAAUACACAGAUUAACAGCUGCCGGAAAUAACGUCAUCAACAUCAAACUCAUGGAUUGGACAGGAGACAUCGUCUAUGCAGAAUAUAGGGAUUUUUAUGUAGGUCCAGAGAGCAUGGAUUAUACACUCACAGCUGGAAAAUAUACAGGAACUGCGGGGGAUUCGUUUAACUACCCACAAUCCAGUCUUCUACGUCACAAUAAUCACAGAUUUAGCACUCCUGAUCGAGAUCGAGACAGCUCCUUUAUGAACUGUGCCAAGCUUCUCAAUUCGGGAUGGUGGUUCAAUUCCUGCUAUAGCUCCAAUCUGAAUGGCGUAUUUCUAAAAGGAAUACCGUAUGGGCCCAAGACUAUGGGAGAAAUCUCUGGGGAUCCCACACUUGAAGGUACCGGUAUAGAGUGGUAUCCAUGGAAACAGAAACAGUACUCAAUGGCACGUGUAGAGAUGAAGAUUAGGCCAGCAUAAAUGAA